UAUAAAUAACAGCCGAAAGCAUCAGGCUGUACAGUGGUUUAAUUGAGUAAACUGGCAAUUCAAGAAUGAAGUUCCUCGUUGUUCUUUUAGGCCUUGUGUGCGCCUUAGCCCAUGGGGCACCAAAGGUACAAAAGGUAAAUUCACCCCGUCCGGCUUACGUAAAAGAUAUAGAAAUUUUGCCGUCCGACGAUACCAGGAUAAUACGCGGUCAAAAUGCCGUCAGAGACCAAUUCCCCUACCAGGUUUCCCUACGAUGGGGCUUCCUUUCGACGCCCUCCCACAUGUGCGGUGCUAGUAUCAUUAGUCCAUCGAUGGUACUCACGGCUGCCCAUUGUAUCGAAGACUACGGUACCUACACUGUCGUUGCUGGACUUUUGAAUCGAGUCGAAAGCACCUCAUCUACUCAAAGCCGAAGUGUCAGAAGUAUUAUCUCUCAUGAAAAUUGGCCUGGCGGUAGCGAUCCAGGACCGUGGGACAUUGCCCUAAUGAGAGUUACCACACCCUUCACCUUGACUUCUUCCGUCCAACCUGUUGGACUUCCCAACCAAGGUGAUAAUGUAUCUGGAUCCGUCGUUAUUUCUGGAUGGGGAAGGACUUCAAGUUCAGUUUCCACUCUCCCAAGGACUCUACAAUACGUCAACUUAGAAAUUCUUCCAAACAACCAAUGCGCUAUUGAUUUAAUCAGUGUAUUGGGAUAUUCCGAUCCUUUGGACAGUUCGAUGAUUUGUACCAGUGGACGACGAUAUGAAGGAACAUGCAGUGGUGAUUCUGGUGGCCCAUUGGUCCAAGACGGCGUCCAAGUGGGUGUUGUCUCCUGGGGUAUCACACCAUGUGGUAACACUAUUGCUCCAUCGGUCUUCACAAAGGUUUCUUCCUAUUCCGACUGGAUCAACGAGAGAUUGUAAAAUCAAUAUGAUCCACACCUUUGAAAGGCAUUUACUUCUGAGAAUGUAAUUAAAUGUGCUAGCAAAUCGAAGCAUUAAAUAAAAUCACCAUAAGUAAACAAU